UUCAAUACAUAUUGAACGGACUGCAGAAACACAAGACGACCAAGAUGAUGAAUCAAAUUGAAGCCCUGCCAAACUAAGGGAUUUUUGAAUACAUGGGUCUGAGUACACCCUCUGUGCCUUUAAAAAAUGUAAGCAACAAAUAAUGAAUGUCCCUGAAGAUCUGGGUAGCAGGAAAGAAGGGGAAAAUCAUCUUAAAAUGGUCUUUUUGCUAUACUGAUUCCUUCAGCAAUAAACUGCUCUUCGUGGUGUUUUAGGAACACGAAGGCGUUCUCCCUCCGACAAGUUCAUUAAAGACCUGAAAUGUGGAAGGCUGUGGCUGAUGUCCUGCUGAGGGCCAAAGUCCCUGGAGGCAGGGCCUGCUGCCUGUGGCCGGCUCAGAAGGGCAGGAGCCUGCUCCCCUGGAGCACUCAGCAUCGCUGGCGGGGCCCCGCGCUGGGGCUGUGCACCGCCCGGCCGCUCAGCAUGAGCCCCGGGAUACAGAAGGUGGAACCGCUGGACAUGGGUCACGUCGUCCGUGUGGAGUGGGAGGACGGGAGCGAGAGCCACUACCCCUGCGUCUGGCUGAGGGACAACUGCCAGUGUCCCCACUGCUUCCUGCGCUCGGCCCGGGCGCGCAGGCUGCUCUUCGAGGACCUGGACGUGAACAUCGUGGUGAAGGAAGUCGCUCUGGCAGAUAGAAAAAAGAUCUCUAUUACAUGGCCCGAUGAACACGCAAGUGAAUAUGAAGCCGAGUGGUUGAAAAAACGAUGCUUCUCUGAAGGAGCCAGAGCAGAAAUGCAAGAAGAUUUGUUUUUACCAGAACGCCAGUACUGGGGCUCAGACCUGCAACUUCCCAAAAUACCUUUUGAAGAAAUCAUGUACGAUGAUGAAAGCGCAUACAAGUGGCUGUGCACCCUAAAGAAAGUAGGAAUUGUGCUACUAACAGGAGCUGCUGCUAGGCAGGGAGAGUUGGUUAAACUUGGCCACAGGAUUGGGUUCCUGCGUCUCACUUUUUAUGGACCAACUUGGCAAGUGCAAGACAAAGCAGAUGCUAACAAUGUGGCUUAUACAACUGGGAAACUAUGUUUUCACACUGAUUACCCUGUUCUGCAGCAUCCACCUGGGGUUCAGUUUCUCCACUGUAUAAAGCAAACAGCUGUAGGAGGCGAAAGUGAAGUUGUGGAUGGAUUUCACGUAUCAAACAAGCUGAAGGAACAAAAUCCUCAGGCGUAUCAGAUCCUGUCCUCUACUGCUGUAGACUAUACAGAUAUUGGGGUGGACUACUGUGAUUUUGCUGUGCAAUGUAAACAAAGGAUUAUAGAUGUGGAUUCCAGAGGCCAAGCAGUUCGCAUCAAUUAUAAUAAUGCAACAAGAGACACAGUUUUUGACAUACCAGCUGAAAAAGUGAGGCCGUUUUACGCAGCUCUAAAGGAAUUUAAUGAUUUAUUAAACAGCGCAGAACACAAGUUUGCUUACAAGCUUAAACCAGGAGACAUAGUGACGUUUGAUAACUGGCGCGUGCUUCACGGUCGCCAAAGCUACCAGUCGGGAUCAGAAGUGACUCGUCACCUGGAAGGUGCCUAUGCAGACUGGGAUGUGGUCAUGUCGAGGCUCCGGCUCCUCAGGAAGAGGGUCCUGAACAGGGACUGAGCGUUCUUAAAACCAGAAUGAGCAAAACUUAGAUUGCCUAACCUCAACACCAACGAAUUAUUAAAAGUUUGUGUUUUCUUUCCAGAAUCUAACACCAAAAAUAUAUUUUUGAGUUCUAUAAGCUAAAAAACCUGUUGUUCAUAACAAUUUGAGGUUUAUCUGUGCCCUGGUCUUUGAAUGUAUAAAAUGCAUUGCUGUAAAUUUAAUCUCUAAAUUUAAAAUGAGUGUGCCAAAUGUCUUGACUGGGCUAACUGGGGAUUCACAAUGCCUUCUUUUGCCUCUACAAAUACACCUGCCCUCCCUAGAAAGCUCGUAAGGCAGCAUCAAAACAGACAUUAAAGCAUUACUGAAGGUUUGUUAUAAACAGCACCUCCCUCUGUUUUCUGAGAGGCAUUCGUUAUUGCAUAAAUCAUAACUAAAAUUCAUUACCAAAACAAACAACCAUUGCUGUGGAGUUAUUUUUAAAGCCACACCUUUCUAGGUAGAACUCCACUUUAAUGAAAGCUCUCAUUCAACAGAUGCUGUAUUCUGUAUGUUCUGCUGUACGUGUGAGGAUUAUCACAGCCACAAAUGUUUUUUUCCUACGUUUCUAAAUUCAGAAACAGUAAUGCUGCCAGACAAUGCAUCAUAUUAAUUUUCCUCUCUAUUAGGAAGAGAAAUAGAUCUCCCUGUAGAGGUUGCAGAUAAGGUCAGAAAUCUCAUCAGCUGCUGUGCACAGAUGUAAUUAAGAUCUGCAGAGCAGACAGACUUUUGAGUAAAGCCAGGAGAAGGAAUGAUGAUGCUUUCUUGGUGGCUAGAAACCACAAAGCACAAGAGGUGGUCAUGGACUCCACACCAGACAAGUGGUGACUGAACUCAGGUCCAUUUUUGUGACACCAAACCCAAGAGCACACCUCCGAUAGACGUGGUCUGCAGGAUGGAUGCCUCUGGGUUCCGUUCUGAAUAGAGAUUAUGGUAUGUAAAAAUUACUGCAGCCAAAGUAGUGGGGUUUUUUUCCUAUAUUCAGAUGCCAAAUUGAAAGAGAAAGAAUAUUAAAAUACUUGUUUUUAUACCCAGCAACAUGUUCGAUGAGUUUAUUUUUCACUGUGCUUACAGCUGCAGAGUUAACAGGACGCCCUCUCACCUGUGCCCCAAGCCUGACAAAAUAACCACACCUCCACCCUUGGAUAUGUUCUGUUCAACUGUUUGUUUUCGAACUAUUCCUUGUAAGUCACAUAAAUCCCAGUCUCCUCCUAGCAGGCUAAAACAGUAGAACUACAGCUACGGAAUUAAAUAACCAUAGACUUAAAUUUGUUGACAUGCAAAAAAAAAAACCAACCUAUAAGUGAAACCCUAACACAAGCUUGCAAACACUUCCAUAGCUUCUACUCAUCAUUUGCAAUCAACAGAUAUCUCUGAAUAAUCAAAGAAAACUAAAUUAGGAUUUGGCCAUGACCUAGUGUGGUUCCAUUCCUCUUUAGUAAGUAAUGAAAAGGUUUUCUCAAAGUUUUGACAUUAAGACAUAGCAUAACAAAACUGGGGUUUAGCGGUAGUUUGAUUUCUCAAUGCCUCCUUUAAUAAUUAAUUUUGGAAACAUGAAAGUAUUUUUUUGCCUUUGCUAUAAAAGGGGGAAAAGAUGAGGAAAGGUUAAUACCUGUAUUCUGCAGUACUGUGCUUUAACUGUGAUAUUUUCCAUGUAACUGUUUAAACAAUUUAAAACAUAUUGGGAUUUAUCUCACUGGUUAAUAAGGAAGAGAUAAUUUCUGCUUUUAUUCUGUACUUUUCUAAAAACUGUUUUAUUCAAAUGUCUGUUUAUUAAAAGCUG